AUGUCUCUACGGCCCACUCAACCCGUGCUCGCAAUCCCAGGAGUCUACCACCCGAAGCACCAUCCUAAGCGUCGUCCCCAGACGCCACACGUAUACCGUCCGCCUCGGCGCUUCCAGGUUUUACCCAAAGUCGAACACAACAACGAGAGGCGGAAGCUGAAGAAAGCCCUCCAGGUACAAGGCUUCAGCUGGCACAGACCGGGGUAUUUCAAAAGCGCUUUUCUCGAAAUACCAGCGAGGACAAAGUGGUUCACACCCGAGAUCGAAGGCUUUCGGUAUCCGUCCGUGUUAAACGCAGCGUAUCUGGGUCAAUAUGGCGAAUCGAUUGUGCCGCUCGAAGUGACACGUUCGGUCAGCAGCAACGACGACGGAAAGUCUGCACAGAACACGUUUGAGCGCAUGGAAGCACCGCUUAGUCUACUCUUACAACACAUGACGGCUACAGAACCACAAAACACGCAGCUCUACCUAGCGCAGCACUCGCUCACCGACCUCGCAGCGCCGCUGCAAGAAGAUAUCCCCACUCCCAAAGAUUUCUUUGCCGCUCUUCAUUCCAAAGGCGACGCCUACGGCUCCAGUCUCUGGAUGGGCAGACCACCUACCGUGACGCCAUUGCAUCGCGACCCGAAUCCGAAUUUCUUCGUGCAGCUGGCUGGGAAAAAGGUGGUGCGGUUAAUGCAGCCGAAAGUGGGACAUGCGCUGUAUGAGAGGAUGAAGGCGCAGAUUGGGGGGACAAAGGGGGGUGCAAGUAUGAGGGGUGUGGAAAUGAUGCAGGGGAAGGAGAAGGAGCUUUUGGAGGACUUGGUUUGGAGUAAGGAUAAGGAUAACAUGAACGACCCUACUAUGCAUGAUGUGAGUGGUUUUGAGGUGACUUUAAGACCGGGGGAUGCUUUGUUUAUUCCAUUGGGGUGGUGGCAUGCUGUUAGGGGGCAUGGCAAGGGUGUGAAUGCUUCGGUCAAUUGGUGGUUUCGCUGA